GGCUUUUGAGCAGAGUAAAAGCGGAGGCAGAUUAUUGACCUUGUUUGAAGUCAAGUCUCGUCUGAGUCUUGGGAGUAUGAGCUUUCAGCUCGUACAUUUCAAAUCGCGUUUACUUUUACAACGCUUUAGCGAUUGCUCAGAUAUCUUCAUCGAAGCAUGCGCCUUCAAGAAUAUUUAUCAGCCACUCCACUUGAUUAGUAUCAACGUGAUCCACUACAGUAGUCAAUUGUUGAUUUCACGUAUAGUGAUCUCAAUUCAUGCCCUGUUGUGACAUGUUUGUCUAAGUGAGAAUAUGGUGUCAUGGCCAUCAAGGUUAAUUGCUAAAGCUAAUCCAUCAGCACUUGACAAUCAACAAUGGUACCGCUUCGCUAAGUCUAAAGUGUUCUUCAACAGGAUAGCACUCUUCAUCAUCACAAUCUUUUUGCCAACAUUAGCGCCAUUGCCUAUCAGUGGUACCUUCUGCCAAGCGGCUUUCUGGGCAUCUUGUAUCUUGGCAUUAUCGCUAGCAUCAGGUCGUGCGAAACAUAAACACUGGUGAUAGAUUGUGCACUCGAAUUAUUUUACAUAUAAUAGGUUUCAUCAAUGUGCCCUUAAAAGCAAAAGCGCAAUGUUGGAGUAUAUUAAGCAUAUAAUUAAC